UGGUUGAAGAACAGAGCAGCCUUGAGUGUGUUAUCAGCAACUACAAUGGCUUCUUCCCAAAAGAAAGGACUGCAGACAAGGAUUCUUAGCUCUGAAGAAGAGGAGAAAGUGCAGAGAGACCAAACUUUGGUGUCUGAUUUUAAACAGCAAAAACUGGAGAGAGAGGCUCAGAAGAACUGGGACCUUUUUUACAAAAGAAACAGUACUAAUUUUUUCAAGGACAGACACUGGACCACCAGAGAGUUUGAGGAGCUAAGGUCAUGUAGGGAGUAUGAAGGUCAAAAAUUGACUCUACUGGAAGCCGGAUGUGGGGUUGGGAACUGUUUAUUCCCACUCUUAGAAGAAGAUUUAAACAUCUUUGCCUAUGCCUGUGAUUUCUCCCCAAGGGCAGUUGACUACGUUAAGCAAAAUCCUUUAUAUAACACAGAGAGAUGCAAAGUAUUCCAGUGUGACCUCACUCGAGAUGACCUCCUUGACCACGUCCCCCCAGAGUCUGUGGAUGCCGUCACGUUGAUCUUUGUGCUCUCAGCUGUUCACCCAGAGAAGAUGCGCCUUGUCUUGCUAAAUGUGUACAAGGUCCUAAAACCAGGCAGAAGUGUCUUGUUCCGUGACUAUGGGCUGCAUGAUCAUGCCAUGCUUAGAUUUAACGCUGGAAGCAAACUCGGAGAAAAUUUUUAUGUCAGACAAGAUGGAACCAGAUCAUACUUUUUCACUGAUGAGUUCCUGGCGCAGCUCUUUGUGGAUGCAGGUUAUGAAGAAGUGCUGAACGAGUAUGUGUUUCGGGAGACAGUAAAUAAAAAAGAAGGCCUGUCCGUGCCGCGAGUUUUCCUUCAGGGCAAGUUCCGGAAGCCUCCGAAGGGCCCCGCUCCCUCCACCGACUCUGCUUCGCUUUGAAGAGAAGAAUCUUAAGCUGCUUU